UGGGAUCUGGCUACGUUUGAGUUGGUCGCAGGAGAUCGAGUGGUGCAGUUUCUUUCGCGUCGUUCCUACCUCCGAUACGACUUACUUUCAAUUUUACGUCUUUUUCUCAUUAGAUAAUACAAUAUACAGUCAAGAGUGCAAGAGGGGUGUUAAAAGACGAAGACGAGCUUGAUCAUGAGGAACGUGGCGUUUGGUACAUUGAUCGUGGUUUCUUCGGUGUUCCUCGUGCACAGCUUUCCUGAUGGAGCACCAGUCGACACGUGCGUGAAACCAUCAAGGGCCAACGAGCCUAAUCAUGGCCAAGCGAGGUCGCAACCCGUACACACCAGCCCUUACGCAUUCACCGCCUCGUCAUCGCAAUACGGACCUGGAUCUCAAAUUACUGUGACCAUCGGCGGCUCCUCGUUCAAGGGAUUCUUCCUGCAGGCACGUGACCUCGAUACAGACAGCUGGAUCGGUUCCUGGGCGCAGACCGAUAACACCAACACCCACGCAGAGUGCAGCGCCGUGACACACGCCGAUCCUUAUGUGAAACAGCACGCCACCCUUAUCUGGAAUGCGCCAGCGAACGCGCGUGGACGCGUGUACUUCACAGGCACCAUUUUGAAGGAGUACGCGCAGUAUUGGUCCAAUUUGGUAGCCACGACGAAGAAUUGAGAGUUCCCUCGAAAUUUCCAGGCUGCAGAGUUGCCCCGUUCUGGAACUAACAAUCGUAUUCAAUUGUUCAAAAGAUCUUGCUUUCGCGUUGGAAGCAUUCUGCCUCACGAAACAGGACGAAAAGAAGCCGCGACACCUCGAUGGAAACUCUUGGGGAACGUUCGUCAAACGCGUGUACAUUGUAUCAUCUUGCAUGUCGUGUAUCGUUAUAAAAAGAAGAUCUUAAAUAUAAAAUCAUAAGAAUUUGUA